UUUUCAACCAAUCGCUGCUCAGCAGCUGUCAUGGCGACUGCGGCGCUCGACGACGGCGAUGAUGCCCUCGCGACGCCUCCAUCGACGCAAUUAGAGCUGGCUACGCAGCACGAUCGGUACAGACUGCUCCUGGGUGCAUUCCAUGCGUGGCAACGGCGUGCGCAGGCGCAGUGCGCGCGGCGAAAGGUAAGUAAAAGGUUAAAACCGCUGUGUAAGGCGCACCUGAUUGUUGUCCGUUUUGUAAGCAGCAAGUCGCCGCUGCGUGUCGUGUGGGAUCCAUCUUCUGUCAGCGAGUAUUCUGGACAAGAUGGAGAGCUUUUGUGGUCGAAAGACGUCAGCUAAGACGUGAGGAAACGAAGUAUAUGCAGGCAGAAGAUGAGAGACUAUCACGACGGGAGGGAGACGCCGACAAUGGUGAAUUCAUCGAUCUCAAUAAAGAAGAAAAGCUUUCGAUAGCGUCUUCUGACGCAGACAGUGACCAAGAUGGAAGCAACACUGUUAUUUUGCUGAGAAAGCGGCAGUAUUUGAAGAGGUUGAAGCUUGUAAUAAAAAAUAGGACAGAGAAGUCUGCGGUGUGUACCAAUGGGGUAAAGCAGGUUCGUUCGUUGCACGCCAUUCGACGUUGGCAUGGGUUUGUGAGAGUGAAAAAAGAGCACGAUGUUUUGCAGCAGCGAGCCUACUUCUUCUUGUACUACUGGCUGCUCAAGCGUUCAUUGAACCAGCUCGGUCGAUAUGCUCUCGUCAAGAAGCGAGACCGUGCACUGACAGUCAAAAUCGCGAAGGUGAGUCGACAACGUUUACUGGUGAAAGCAAUGCAACAAUGGCGCUUGCGAUUAGUAUUACAUCAGACAUUUACGCUGUGGAGAAGUUACGUGGGCCGGCGACGUCAUCAGGCGCUACUGUACCGACCGAUAGCUGACGCUCUGAAGCGUAAGACUCGCCGUCGGCUUCUCCAACUCACAUUUGGCAUUUGGGAGAAAAGACACACACGAAAUCGAGCACAGCAGGCGCUUGUGCAUAUUCUUGACUGUCAUUUGUACCGAAAACUUUGUGAAAGAGUGUGGAAAACGUGGAAAAACAAGGUGCAUCAGCUUGUUCAAGUGGAAUCUUUUCAGCGUCGUUAUCAAGAGCGAACAUUGCGGCGAAUAUGGAAUGCUUGGAGUGCUCGAACGCGAGAAAAGGAAUUGCGGGAGCGACAAAGACGUCGUGCAGUGCGUCACUGCUAUUUAUCGCUUCUACGGAAAGGAUUUUAUGGAUUUCGAGCGUGGCACACUGAGCGACAACGUGCAUUAAACCGAGUGGAUACAAUGCACGACGCAGCCGAUUUCAGAAUGAUGGCGUUGGCUUUCUCACGCUGGGAUCACUUUACGAGCGAUAGGAAGCUGCAAGCACACAAGUCUGAACGUGCUAGACACCAUUAUGAAUCUCGACUGUUAAAGCACGUUUGGUUAAGCGGAUUUCAGCGCUUUUACUCGAGAACAUUAGAGAAGAAGAAAAAGAUACAAGUUGCACAGGAACACAGCUACACUCAGGCUGUAAAACGAAGCUUUUUUGUAUGGAAAAACUUGUGGCAAGCUGAGCGCUAUCGUGAUCACGUUUUAGACGAAAUGAUGCAACAAUGCGUGGCUGAAAAAGAACGAGUUACAAAGUCUAAAAUCCUGGAGAACUGGUCGGAGUUUUCACGGGCGAAAGCUGCGAGAAGGGUCGUAAAUGCCCAAGUCCGGGGCCAAGCACAGCGUCGAACGCUACAGAAAUAUUUAUCACAAUGGAUAACGUAUGUUUCUGUUCUGCGGUGGCAGCAAAUUACACAAGCACGAGCGGAGCAACACUACAAGUCUGUAAUUUGGAGAAAAUGUCUUGAACGGUGGCGACAAAAUGUAGCAUUGCGUCACUGCUACCGCAAUAAGACGCGCAAGGCUCUAGUGCAUUGGAAAUUAACGUUGCAACGCAAAGUGUUCGAUGGAUGGAAGCAAUAUUUACAGUUCAAGAGGAUGAAGCAGCAUCGUAUUCAUGAAGCUCUUGAGUUUCGUCACGAGCAGUUUGUGCGUGAAGGUUUGCGCCAUUGGAUGACAGCCGCACUGUAUUUACAAGAACAGCGUGAACAGCAAGUAGAGCGUACUCAAGCAAGCAACACGACGCAUGCUUGGCGCAGAGUUGCAGCGAUCGCUCGACACUGGCGUUACCUUGCCAUUCGGCGUCGAGCUGAGAAGGCAAAGGGACAAACCUUAGGAACGUCUAGAAGUGCACCACGACGAGUUCAAGAAGACUUACACUGGCAACCUAAACACCAACAAAAAGAACGCACACAAUACGAGAAGCCCUCAGCGCCUCAGUGGAAUGAGAACACAUUCAGACAAGCAAAUGUGGCUUCAGAUAAUACUGGGAGAUCGAACUGGACGAACGAUAGAUCUCCGUUAUCAGAGUUCGUAAUGCUUCCGAGGAACAGACCGCAGCCUCGAAGACCCAUCGAGAUUUUGUUGUCUACAGAGACUGAAAACUUGCCACGAGUCAUCGAGAACGCAAACACAAACGAAGUCGUUCGAUGUGGCCUUGAGUUUCCUGUUGAACUAUUUGCUCUUUUAAACUCGCCGUCGAGGAGCACGCCAGCCAGUUCUCAUCAGGUGACUAUGAUAGAGCACACAACACGUGAAUGUUCAUCUCAUCCAACCCCAGUAAUGCCAUCUCUGGAAAGCGAUGGUGACCCAGUUUUGUCGAAUACGACAGCAAGACAAUUAGACAUCUUGGAGCGGCGAUUAUUGGCUCUAAGUCAGCGGAAAAGGGAGUGGAAGGCUUCUCAGCAGCAACUUGAUGCAAUACGUGAAGAAGCCGAGUCCAACCCACGACUAAUGCCGAAUGUCCGUGUAAUGGAGGAACAGCACGCCAUUCACACAAAGCGAUGGCUUCACACAAAGGAACGAAUUCGCUCUCUAGCUUCCGAGAUCCAACAUCUGAGAAGAAUUUUGCAACGAUAAUACUCGACGUCGGAAGUCUCCAUAUAUGUACUAGUUUCUCUCAAGUCACCGCAGGAAGGUUUCGUAUUCAUUUAUGAGCGUGGUGCAUUUAUCGAACGCAGUCUCAAAGUCAGCAUCCUCCAUACCAUGUUGUUUGUACCAGUGGACAUAGGCGCCCGCCUGGAAUUGGCGCUGAGCUCGCUCUAAAAAUCGUUUCGUACUCGUCAAGAAGUGACCAUUAUUCACGCAGAUCGUUACAGACGCCUGUACUUGCAAUGAUGAAAAUGGUGCAGGCUUUGAGUAAGAUAACGUGACUUGCGGCAUGUUUGCUAACCAUGGCACAGGAGGAAAUGCAGUCUGCACGACCUUGCCAAGCUUUUCAGUAAAGCGAUCCGCUUCAUAUGCCACUGGGUUGAAGCCACGGAUUACUGUACUUGACGCUAUGGUUGUCCUUGAAUUUCGUGGGAAAGAUGCUGUUGUCUGCUGCACAAGCUUCUCGAGCAUACCUAGUGACGCGUCGAAGUCUGCAACAUGCUCAUGUCGACGCGACAGCAUACGCGACUGUGCGACCACCGGAGCAUGAAACAAGGUCGAUGAGGAGACUGUUUUAGCUACUGAUGGCUUGGGAGGAAAUUUGCUGCGUGUACCUGAUCCGAUACGAUCUCUCCAUACGCCGGAACGGACCUCAAGCAUCUUGGCCGCAGGCAUGGGGCAUACAUCGUGCAACAACUUGCCGAAAUUGAACCGUCGAACAGUGCUAGCAUCUCCUGUUGCUACUGGGAACAGCAGUCCUGCCAGAUCUGCCGCAGCCAUACUGUUCACUUCCUCCAGAGACACCCUCUGAUAGUUAUCAGUUCCCACUCUUUCAUGCACCACCGCUUUCCAGUAACUUGCUGUUCGUAACAACUCGUCAUUGUCCUUGUAAAUUACAGCAUCUGCAACGUCUUGCAGACACUUUAGGGUCAAUAUGGCGUUAUAGUUUUGAAGUGGCGUAUCUCCACUAGUACAAGACGGUGCCACUGAUGUAGUCAAAAUAUAAGCCUUCGGAUACGUAUCCCUCAUGCUUUCCAGCACUCGACAGCCCAGUCCCG